AGUAUCUUUUGAUCUUGUUACAUACUAUUACUACCCUAAGUGUAAUAGGUGAAUCUAUACAUAGAGCCACUCACUAUAUAAGGCAUGUAAAGUGUAAACGUCAGAAGGGGAAUUUGUGGUUGUUGGGUUAGUUCGUUUUGGAGCAGGUCAAGUAAAGACUCGCCUUUACAUCGUAAUUACGGCUUUGCUCGUUACAAUUUCUUUUUCUAACGCCCUAUUAUUCCGUGGCCGUUUGUAAAUAUCGUCGAUACGCGAGAGCAAUUGACUUUCGUGUAUAGCACUGAAAGCGAAAUUCACGCAAAGCGGUGCAGAGGUUAAGUCGAUAGAUCAUCGUGGAAACAUGAGUCAUAUUAGCUUUACAAAUAUAACCACUUAAAAUAAAAUACAUGGGUGAAGAAAAUCACAGUUACAUAAUUUGGUCAAAAUUAUUCUCCAAGUAACAGCAUCCAAAUGGGACAAACACUUAGUGAACCUGUGACUACUAAAAAGUCUGCUUGCUGCAGAGAUUCCAAAUACAGGGUGGGCAGUUCCUGUAUGCAAGGAUGGCGAAUAAGAAUGGAAGACUGUCAUGUACACAUUCUAUCACUACCCGAUGACCCAGAAGCUGCCUUUUUCGCAGUCUACGAUGGACAUGGAGGAGCUGCUGUGGCUCAGUAUGCAGGCAAAUAUUUACAUGAAUACAUUACUAGUCAAAGCGAAUACAAAGAGGGUAAUAUUGAGGAAGCGAUAAAGAAGGGGUUUCUUAGUUUAGACAAAGCAAUGGAAACAGAUGAAACUUUAAAGAAUGCACAAGCUGGAACAACUGUUAUUGCUAUUUUAAUAAAAGAUAAUAUUUUAUACAGUGCCAAUGCGGGCGACAGUAGAGCUGUGGCAAGUAUUUCCGGGACUGCUCUGCCAUUGAGCUAUGAUCAUAAACCGAUGUUGAAAGAAGAGAGAGAGCGUAUCACAGCAGCAGGAGGUUGGGUGGAAUGUAAUAGAGUCAAUGGACACUUGGCUCUAUCUAGAGCUUUAGGAGACUUUAUGUUUAAAAAAAACGAUCAUAAAAAGCCUGAAGAACAAAUUGUUUCUGCUCUUCCUGAAGUGCAACGUCACGAGAUAACAGAGGACUGGGAGUUUGUUGUAUUGGCAUGCGAUGGCAUUUGGGACGUGAUGAGCAGCGAAGAAGUUGUCAAUUUCGUGAGGAAACGUUUUGCAGAUGUAGCAGCAAACGUAGAAGACAAUGAAACGCCUCCGAUAGAUCCCGAAGAGAUAUGCGAACAACUAAUCAGUCAUUGUCUAGCACCAGAUGCCCUCAUGGGAACAGGAUGCGAUAACAUGACUGUAGUUCUGGUCGGUUUCCUUCACGACAAACCAUACUCACAGUUACUUGUUCAUUGUCAAAAACUUACUAAAAGCGAAGAAAUCACGGAAUAA